ACCAGGGGUCCCUGUGGCUUGCAGAGUUUGGGAACCACUGUUAGGAGCGCUCCUCGGAGGCUGCAGAAGCAGUGGAGCCCUUUGGGUGAAGGUUAAAGGCAGCAAGGCCCCUUUUAAAGUUCAUGCUCCUUAAAGAAAACCGAGAGGAUAUACUGAAUGCCAGCGACAAACUAACUGAGGUCCUUGAAGAGGCCAACACUCUGUUUAAUGGAGUGUCCCGGGCAAGAGAAGCAGUCCUGGAUGCCCAUUUUCUUGUUUUGGCUUCAGAUUUGGGCAAAGAGAAGGCAAAGCAGCUGCGUUCUGAUCUGAACUCGUUCGAUAUGUUGCGCUACGUUGAAACUCUACUGACACAUAUGGGUGUAAAUCCGCUAGAAGCUGAAGAACUCAUCCGUGAUGAAGAUAGUUCUGAUUUUGAAUUCAUAGUCUAUGACUCCUGGAAAAUAUCAGGCAAAACAGCAGAAAACACCUUUAAUAAAACCCAUACAUUCCACUUUCUGUUGGGUUCAAUACAAGGAGAGUUCCCUGUGCCAAAGCCACGAAGCGAUCGUCCGAGAAAAGGUCCCACGACAGAAGAGAAGAAGACCAUGCCUGACCAGUUAAGUGAAAUGGAAGAAUCUCAUCAAGAAGCAACAGAAAAGGAAGUGGAAAGAAUUUUGGGAUUAUUGCAGACCUAUUUCCGAGAGGAUCCUGAUACUCCUAUGUCCUUCUUUGACUUUGUGGUUGAUCCACAUUCUUUUCCCCGAACAGUGGAAAACAUCUUUCAUGUUUCCUUUAUUAUAAGGGAUGGUUUUGCAAGAAUAAAGCUUGACCAAGACCGACUGCCAAUAAUAGAGCCCGUUAAUAUUAAUGAAGAAAGUGAGGGAAUUGACCAAAACACCCAGAUUAGGAAUCAAGGAAUCAUAGCUUUGAGUUACCGAGACUGGGAGGAGAUCGUGAAGACCUUUGAGAUCUCAGAACCUGUGAUUGCUUCAGGCCAGAGCCAGCAGAGGCUAAGCGCCUGACGCCAGCAAAGGACUCAACUGGAUAGUGAAAUCCAAACAGGAAAGCAGCAUGUAUUGUAUAUAUUGUAUGAUUAAACAUUUUUAAAGACAGAUUGUUUUUAGUAAAAUGUAGCUUUUGAUAGUUAAUGAAUUGGUCCUGGUUGUCUUUGAUUAAAGGAAAUUCACUGCCAUAUUCA